AUGCAACGGGAAACAAUAAUUUUAGACAAUGGUGGCUAUACUCUUAAGAUAGGAACAAGUCGAGAUAUUGAACCGAAAGUCAUUCCAAAUUGCAUUGCAAAGGCGAAAGCAGAUCGCAAACGGGAAUUCGUUGCUGACGAACAAUCGGAAUGUGUUGAUAAGACAGGCUUAUUCUACGUGUUACCGUUCGAAAGAGUCAAUCCAGACGUUGAAGAACAGAUAUGGGAGCACGUUUUUGAAUCCUACCCUACCAAAGACUCGCGGAUAGUGCUUUCCGAUCCCAAUUAUCUAAUCCCUGCCAUUGAAGAUGUUAGUGUGGAGGUGCUUUUUGAGCAGCAUGAGUUCCACUCCGUUUUCAAAGCCUCAUCGGCGGGAUUUAUAGCUCUAGAAGGAUCUUGUCGCAACAUUCGUUGCGCUCUUGUUGUUGAUUGCGGAUUUUCAUCGGUCACUGUUGCUCCAUUUCUUGAUGGAAAAGCCAUUCAACAAGGACUUGCAAGAAAUUUUUGCAUAUCCACCAUACUCUGUAUUGCAUUUGAAAGAAUUUGCAGAAUUGACGUGGGUGGCAAAGUUCUAACAAAUCAACUGAAGGAAUGGAUUUCUUACCGAGAUCUCAAUGUUCUGGAAGAAACUUUUAUCAUGAAUCAGUGCAAAGAAGACGCCUGUUUCGUAUCACUCGACUUCAAUCGGGAUAUGAAAAUUGCUAAAUAUCGGGAUGCACGCAACACUAUUCGUCAAGAAUAUGUAUUACCGGAUUUUUGCCGAUUAUCCCGGGGAUAUCUGAGGAACCCAUUGCAAACUGCAAAAUCAUCGCAAGUAGAGGAUGCACUUCAAGCCAUUACCAUCAAUCGAGAACGUUUCGCUCUUCCUGAGCUCUUGUUCCACCCCUCGGACAUCGGCCUAAAUCAAAUGGGCGUAGUCGAGGCAGUUGUGGAGUCUCUCUCAAGAUGCCCCAUAAAUCUGAGAGCUGCCUUGGUGCAGAACAUAUCCCUUGUAGGGGGAUGCACAUUAUUUCCCGGAUUCAGAGAGCGAUUCAUUACAGACCUGCGGUCAUACAUGGAUGUGGAUUGGUGCGUGAAUCUCGCCGAUGUCUCAAAUCCUAUCACACACGCUUGGUCGUGCGCAGCUGCAGCAUUUACUGGAGAUAUGGCAACUGAAGACCAACUCUUUGUCUCUCGAGAUGAGUGGAAUGAACAUGGCGAAGAAGUUCUGCACAAGAAAUUCCUCAACUUUUUGGACUUUGAAUCUGAAGAAGCAGAGGAAGCGUCUGAUGAUCCAAACGAAUAG